AUGCAGAACAUCCUCCUCUUUGCCGCCGCCGCUUUUCUGACCAGUACUAUCUCCGUCUCCGCGCAGGAGGCCCAGAGUCCGCCAAACAUUCCCGAAUGCGCCUUCUCGUGCAUCCUCAACGGCGUCAACGACUCCGCCUGCAGCCUUGAAGUGAAAUGCCUCUGCGAGAGCACCAGCUUCGUCGAGUCCGUGACCAAGUGCGUGCCCGACAGCUGCACGCCCGACGACAUCCCGCCGGUUGUGGCGUUCGCGAAUCAGCAGUGUGAGGGGAGUGCGGAGUUUCCGAUCAUGCUGGAGAGUAAGAGGCGAAGGAAGAGGUGUUUUUGA